AUGUCCGCUCUGCUGGACGCCGAGGACCGGCUGCGCGGCGGAGCCGAACUGCUGGAUACCGGGGCAGCAUCUUUUGUCGUUUCGUGUGCUUGGGCCAGCGGCUGGGACGCCUCGGGAGCACGGCCCGGCUGCUGCAGCAGCGCCUCAGGAGGGCUCGGGCUGCCUCCCGAACAUUCAAAGAUCACAAACAACUCUCCUGCAAAAACAAGGUGGGGAGACCACUUGGCAAUAAUGAGGUAUUUCCACUUCUGUAAGCUCCCAGGAAGAGUUAAGGAAAUCCGCCUACUGCGCUUCACUUCGGUGGUGAUCAUUGUUUUACUUCUUGUGGCAGGUGCUUUGACAGCUUUGCUUCCCAGUAUCAAAGAUGACAAAAUGCCCAAUUUGAGAAGGGAACCAAAAACCCAGAGUCAGUCUGCCGUGGAUGCAUUUACUCUUAUUAUGCAGACAUAUAAUAGAACAGACUUACUGCUAAAGCUUUUAAAUCAUUAUCAAGCCAUCCCCCACCUACAUAAAAUAAUUGUUGUGUGGAACAACAUUGGUGAGAAGAUACCAGAGGAAAUGUGGAAUUCCUUGGGACCUCAUCCUGUCCCUGUUGUCUUUAAAGUUCAAACUGUAAAUCGCAUGAGGAACAGACUCCAGAAUUUCCCAGAGCUGGAAACGAAAGCUGUUUUAAUGAUGGAUGAUGAUACACUAGUCAGUGCUCAUGACCUUACUUUUGCCUUCUCUGUUUGGCAGCAAUUUCCAGAGCAGAUAGUGGGAUUUGUCCCUAGGAAGCACAUUUCUACCCCUUCAGGUGUAUACAGUUACGGCAGCUUCGAGUUGCAGAGCCCUGGAUUUGGAAACGGAGAUCAGUAUUCUAUGGUUCUUAUCGGCGCAGCUUUUUUUCAUAGUGGAUAUUUAGAAGACUUUCAAAGACAGCCAGAAGCAGUUUAUGCUUUAAUUGAUGAAACUCAAAAUUGUGAUGAUAUUGCCAUGAAUUUUAUGAUAGCCAAGCAUACUGGGAAACCUUCAGGAGUGUUUGUGAAGCCUGUUGACAUAAGGAAUUUAGAAAAGGACACUAACAGUGGCUAUUCUGGAAUGUGGCACCGAGCAGAGCAUUUGUUACAGAGAUCUUACUGUGUAAAUAAACUGGUUAAUAUUUAUGAUGGCAUGCCUUUAAAAUAUUCUAAUAUUAUGAUUUCUCAGUUUGGUUUCCCUAGUUAUGCCAAUCACAAGAAUAAAAUGUAAGCCAAUGUUUUUAAGGGGUUAAAAGUUAAACAAUACUCAGUGAAUUGUACUGAGUUCGAGGAGAAGGUCUAAUUACUGCAUCUUGGCCAUCCUUAUUUGUAGCCUCUGAACUUUUUCCAUGUGGCUUUUUUUUUCCCUUUCUUACUAAUUUUCCCAUUUAAAUUCUGAGAAAACUUAAAGAAUAUAUACUAAUGUUUAGCUGUGAUAAAAUCAUCCCAUUUCAUUAAAACCUGAAAAGCUA